GAAUAAUCAAUAAUAGAUCUUUAUCCUCAAAACGCGUCCGGUGAAGACUGAACCCCCAAUCUCCUAAGGCUUCGCAUCUAGUCUUUCCAAUAUAUUGACCGCCAUUAAAAAAAAGGAAAAAUUGCGAAGAAGGUCCUUUUAAGUGGUCGACCUUGUGAGAAAUUAAAGGUCCUUUAAAAAAAAUGGUGGCACAAAAGGUCCUUUAUGGCGAUUGGGUAGUGAUGAGGGUCCUUUGACCAAACUCCAGCGUUGACCUCCGUUUUCCGGCCAAAAAAAGUCACGUGUUGUGCACGUGAUCACUUAAAUCAGUUUUUUUUUUUUCUUUUCUUUUCUUUCCUCUUCAUCUUCUUCCUCCCUUUGAAUUCCACACCUCCAUGAAUGGCAUUUCCGGCCAGACCUCCGCCCACCACACCUCCACCUCCGGCAACAAGGAACCCCAUCCCUUUCCCCCACCCUUUCUCCCUUUCAAAAACACUCCAAACGAACCUUCCCUUGCGCAAGACCAACAUUAACCCACGCAACACCAAUCAGCCAUCGCAAGCAGCCACCACUCCACCAAUUCCAGCCAACCGACAACGCAAAUAACAACAAUUACAUCAACAAUAACAACAACCACAGCAGUGUUGCCACCUUCCCUUCACUGUAAACAACCCACCUUCACCGUCAAUUCUUUACAUCUCCAACCAAUCAACCUCCUCACACUCCAACAACAGUAGCAACCCUUGCUUUCUUUGCCACCAAGCUCCACCACCCUGAAAGCCCCCUUCCUUACCUUGUCUCCCUUAAAACCCUUCUCCACUCUUACGAACCACUCAACAACAUCAAUUAAUUUCCACUCUCAUACCAUCUCCCUCAUUUUGCAUCACUGGCAAUCUCCCCACAAUUGCACCUUGGUAGCACCAACAAUCGAAGCAACAACACAGGAAUACCCUCUUGAUUUGAUUUAAUUUAAUUUCAGAAAAGCAACAUUAGGGUUGAAUUUUAGAGAAGUAGCAUAGUAAUACCCCACAACUACUGAAGAAUUUUAGAGAAGGAACAACUUUAGAGAAGCAACAUAGUAAUACCCCAUCACUACUGAAGAAUUUCAGAAAAAAAAAAAGUAACAAUUUUAGAGAAGCAAUACAGUAAUACCUCACCACUACUGAAGCAACAAUGGCACCUUCUAUUGUAAGGGGAAAAGGGAAAUCGAGGAAGAAGAGGAAAAAAAAAAAAAAAAAAAAAAAAAAAAAAAAAGCUGAUUUAAGUGGUCACUUGCACAGCACGUGACUUUUUUUGGUUGGAAACGGAUGUCAGCGCCAGAGUUUGGUCUAAGGACCCUCCUCACAACCCAAUCGCCUUAAAAGAACUUUUUGUGCCACCCUUUUUGAAAAUGACCUUUUUCACAAGCUCACCGACUUAAAAACACCUUCCUCACAAUUUUUCAUGAAAAAAUAAAAAAUAAAAAAAAUGUAUUACUCCUCAAGAAACAAAUAAGAGAAAAUAGCUCUGCAAAAAUCCACCCCUAACUCAUCUCUACUUUGAUCUCUCUUUUUCAAUCUUCCCAAAUCUCACAAGGGGGCGUGAUGGUGAAGGCCUACAAACAAGAGCAUGUCUACCAGCAUCCAUGGGAAAGAGUGACAUCUGCAUCUUGGCGCAAAUUUUCUGAUCCAGAGAACAAACGCACUCUCUCUCACAUCCUUGAAGUUGACACUUUGAAUAGGAAGCUAGAACCUGAUACUGGGAAGCUUUACACCACUAGGGCAAUCACAAUCCAUGCUCCUGGACCAUGGUUUAUUCGCAAGAUGGUUGGCCAGGAUAUCUGCCAUUGUGUUGAAUCUACGGUUGUUGAUGCUCAAUCACGUUCAAUGCAACUUAUUACUCGGAAUGUUAGUAUGCAGAAGUUUGUUGAGGUUGAGGAGAAAAUACGGUAUGAUCCUCACCCUGACAAUCCCUCUGCAUGGACUCUCUGCAGACAAGAGACUAGCAUCAGGAUAAAGCCAUUGUCAGCCCUUGCUUCAAUGGCAGAGAAGGUGGAGCAGCGAUGUGUUGAUAAGUUCUUGCAGAACAGUGUCAAGGGCAGAGAGGUUAUGGAGAGAAUGUGUAAGUAUCUCGAAGCUGAAUCUAGUGGAAUGUCCAUUUGAUUCUGCUGUUGAUCUCAUUUGAUUAUAUAUUUGCUAGAACAAGGUUCUGAAUUACAGACCCUUUUAAGAGGAAAUAGAGAUAGAAUGUUCAAAUAAUGUAUAAGCAUGAGCUUAAGAACUUGAGAGCUUAGAAACUAGAAGUCUUGUUGGACUUGCCGCAAUUUUGGAACCAAUAUACUUUUCCCAGUUAAUCUAACAUGAUUAUAUGAGUCAGCAUUCCUGUUAUUUUUUGAUACGAAACUGUUUUACAAGUUAAUACCUUUUGAAAUAUGGAUGUUGCAAGACAUGCUUUUGUUUUAGUACACAAUUAUGUGGGGUCUUGUUGAUUAAUUGAAUGGAAGGUUGUCAUGUUCAUGUUAUACAUAUGAUGUAAGUAUAUGACUAUAUGAGCAUAUGAUUGAAACAAUGGUACCGUCUGUGUUUAUAACUCAUAAGAAACAAUUUUUACUGGUUAAUUCCUUUUGCUUAUAUAAGGUGGGAAGUUGGUGAAAUUGAUCUAGUGAAUCAGGAAUGGAGAACCUUAUUUGUAUUCAUUGGAGAUUUUGGCUAACUUGCAUACAUUAUUUUGAAUGCUUUGUGCUUAUGCAUAUUAAAUGGUGUUAUUGCUUCUUAGUACCAUGGACACUCGUGAACUUUCACAGGAUUAGGCCUAUAUUACUAUAACCCUUCUUUUAUUAGGAUUUGUUGUUUUUGUAAGUCAGCAUAUUGUGAAAAUUUGGUGGUUCUUCCCCAUAAGAAAAAAUAGGAAAAAAAAAAAAAAGAAAUUUUGGUGAAUUUCCCUGAAUGAUACCAAUGAGAAUGUUUAAGCUCAAAUACUCGUAGUUGAUAAGAGGUGAAUAAUUUUUGUGAUAGAUUAUAGGAAAGAGUUUGCAUUAUGCAAAUUUUCUGGCAGGCAAUUUAUUGAAGCUGUUAGAGUUGAAUAUAUUGGCCGGUAGACUGGUUUCUUCUUUGAUGGUCUGCCAUGGUGCUCCUUGGACUAUUAAGUUACUUUCAGUAUAUCCUCUUGUUGCUUUCUAGAGAUGCAGAAGACUAAAAAUGCAAGUCUUGUGAAAAAGAGUGAGUAUAAAAUAACCGAAGGAGAGAGAGUGAGAGUAUCAGGCAUUAUCCUCAAACUAUAUCCAGUGGACAAUAUUAGGUGAUGGAGGAAAGAAAUUGUAAAGAUGGAAAAUUGAGAAAACUAUUGAGUUGGAAAUGGUGUAACUGAACUCAUAGGUUAAUCUCGUUAGUAAGUUUUGAAUUAUGAUGAUUAGAUUGAGUGUUUAAUGGAGACUUCUAUAGUUCUUAUUAAGACACUUGAAAGGACUGUUUACAGACUCGCCUAGCUGGAAAUGAUGAAGGCAGCUAACAAAUCAGAUGUUAUGUUGACCUUAGCCAAAUUGUAGUUCAGAGUAGAGUUAGUUUCCUCUAGAUUGAGAUUAAGGGACUACCAGACAGUUGGUAAGCCACCCUUAACCUAAGAGCAAGAAAUGCUUGUUCUUACUGCUUGCAAGUGUGAUGUGGCAUCUGGCAAGCCGCACGAUAUUUUGUGAUUCCAGUUGCCUGGUAUAUUUUGUGCACCCUUCCAGAGGUUCAUCUUUGAAGUAGGAAUUUCUCUCCUAGACUUAUCGAAGAAUUUCUGUUUUCUAUUCGAGGCUUGCCUCAAUAUCCCUUGCAACAAGAUAAUAUAUGGUAGUGGAUUGGAAGCUUAGAGACAUAAGAUCAAUAGCUGUGUAAUUUACUGCAUAUCUCACUUUGGAUGUCAAAACAGUUAAAUGAUUGAAUUAGCAAACUGUCUGCAACCAUUCUACAGUCGGAAAUUACUAUAGUGGUCAUUUGGUUGCACUUAAAAAUUACAGAGUACUCCGUACACUUUAAAGUUCCAAUUCUUGUGGAAAGUGUAGGAAGGUGUUUGGCUGGCUACAUAACGCCGGACUUCCCUAGGCCGGAUUCAGCAAGCAACUUCCCUUAUUCUCUGUAUUUUGUCAACUAAACAAUUCCAAAUAUUAUACGUCCUGCAUAAGUAUCUGCUUAAUUAAACUGACUAUAUGUAUACUUGUAUGACUAUCCUUACUCGUUUCGCCAGGCAAUAAAUGGAGUGUAAAGUGUAUGAGUAGAAAGAACACUUCUUGCCCAUGCAACGUGGUAUGGCGAAAAUCAUGCCUCCCCAUAUUCAUUCACUUGAUGAAUGCACAUGGAAUGUUGAAGCAGACUGUAAUAUCAAUUGCAGCUGUCAACCUUUCAACAGUAAAAUUCUAUAGAGAGCUAAAAUAACGUUUAUAUUCCAACUAUCAAUCCCAAAAAAAAAAAAAAAAAAAAAAAAA